UUUUGUUUUCAAAUAUUCGCUCACUCUGAAUUUCCCUAGGAUCAAACAAGAGGAUCAUAGUUACUCGCCAGUGGCAGUGGCAGCAUGUUUGCAUGGAGGGUUCGGAUGGCCAGGCUCUGGGGAUUGCAGGGAGGCUGUGCUUGCAUAGCAAGCAGGCCGAUUUCCUGAGUUCUCCAUUUUGAGGAGGUUCGGGAGGAGGUCGAGCUCCCUCUCGCCACCUGUUGACUGAGCCAUAGCCAUUGCCCUUCCUAAAUUUUUGAAGCAGCAGUCCAUCACCGCCGCUCAAGUAUGACAUUUCCUUUCCAUCCCGGCGCCAUACUCCGGGCUGAUCACAUCCCUGCUUGGGGCUUAAAUAACGAACAGCUAUUUCGGUGCCCAACGGAGUACUGCACACCGGUACCCUGAGCCGCAUGUUUCCCUGCCGUGCCACAUCUGGCGACUGGACUAUGGCCGAGGACCAAGCAGCAGCGCCAGGGCGGGGUCAAGACUGGGCCAGGGGGCGAAGGCGGUCUCCGACUAAAGCGGCCGAGGCCGGGGCCUCGCGUGCGGCCUAUCGCGCAUGCUCCGCCAGGCGGCACGUGGGGGCGGGGCCUCCGCUCGGCGCGGCGCCACAUCGGGGGCGGGGCGAGCCCGCGCGGGAAGUGCCUGUGAGGCGGCUGGCGGGCCUCGGUAGCUGCGCGUUAUGGCCCUGUCGGUGCCCGGCUACUCUCCCAGUUUCAAAAAGCCGCCCGAGAUAUUGCGGCUCCGACGGAAGAGGGCCCGGAACCACGGGGCCGCAGUCUCCCCGCCUCCUCAGCUGCCCGAGCCGGCUCCUCGCCGCGCCGCCCUGGCGGCCGGGCUGCCCCUCCGCCCCUUCCCGGCCGCCGUGGGCAGAGGCGGCGGCGCCGGCGGCCCCGCCGCGGCCCGAAGGAACCCCUUCGCUCGCCUAGACAAUCGGCCGCGGGUCGCCGCGGAGCCCCCCGACGGGCCGCCUGGCGGCCAGCAGGAGGCGCCGGGCCCGUUUUUAGAGUCUAAUCAAGAAAAUGAUUUGCUAUGGGAAGAGACGUUUCCUGAAAGAACAACUGUUACUGAAAUACCCCAGACUCCCCACAUAUCAUUCUCCAAAUCUGAUAUUCCAUCCUCAGAAAGUACUGAGUUACCUGUGGAUUGGAGUAUUAAAACUCGACUUCUUUUUACCUCUUCUCAACCCUUUACCUGGGCAGAGCAUGUGAAAGCACAGGAAGAGGCUCAAGGGCUUGUCCAACAUUGUAGGGCAACAGAAGUUACUUUGCCUGAAAGUAUACAGGAUCCCAAAUUCUCCACUGAGCUCCGUUGUGCCUUCCAACAGAGCCUUAUCUACUGGCUCCACCCUGCCUUGCCUUGGCUUCCACUCUUCCCUCGUAUUGGAGCUGAUAGGAAAAUGGCUGGAAAGACAAACCCUUGGUCAAAUGAUGAAACACUGCAACACGUUUUAAUGAGUGACUGGUCUGUGAGUUUUACUUCUCUAUAUAAUCUGCUGAAGACAAAACUCUGCCCCUAUUUCUACGUUUGUACCUAUCAGUUUACUGUCUUGUUCCGAGCAGCAGGAUUAGCAGGGAGUGAUGUGAUCACAGCUCUCGUAUCUCCUACAACUCGAGGUUUAAGAGAAGCUAUGAAAAAUGAAGGUAUUGAAUUUUCUCUGCCUUUAGUAAAAGAAAAUGGCCGUAAGAAGAGAACAUCUGGAGCAAGCUUGGGAUACGGGGAGGAACAAGUAAUCAGUGAUGAGGAUGAAGAGGAAAGUUUUUCCUGGCUGGAAGAAAUGGGUGUGCAAGAUAAAAUUAAAAAACCAGACAUACUCUCUAUCAAGCUACGUAAAGAGAAACAUGAAGUACAAAUGGAUCACAGACCUGAGUCUGUUGUGUUGGUGAAAGGAAUCAAUACCUUCACAUUGCUCAAUUUUUUGAUCAACUGUAAGAGUUUAAUUGCUACCUCAGGUCCACAGGCAGGACUGCCACCAACCCUCUUAGCUCCUACAGCUUUCCGAGGUGCCACAAUGCAAAUGCUUAAGGCACGAAGUGUAAAUGUGAAGACACAAGCUCUUUCUGGAUAUAAAGAUCAGUUUAGUUUGGAGAUUACAGGUCCUGUCAUGCCUCAUUUUCUACAUUCUGUGACCAUGCUACUCAAAUCUUCACAGAGCGGAUCUUUCUGCGUAGGACUGUAUCCACAUGACCCAACUGCUGUAUUUAAUAUCUGCCUGCCAGUGGACAAAGUACUGCAUAAGGAGGUUGUUCAUAAGGAGCUUGCUAACUGUGGUUUACACCCUAAGACUCUGGAGCAACUUAGUCAAAUACCAUCCCUGGGAAAAUCAUCUUUACGGAAUGUGGAAAUGAGAGACUACAUUUAUAAUUGGAGAUCCUGAACACCAAAGUAAGCCUAAAAGGAAUCUUUGAGGAAAAAAGCCUUCUAGCAAGGAAAGUCAAGAUUCUUGAAGUUAAAGGAAUAUACUUAAAAAUAUGAAAUGUUUAUAAACAUUAACUUUUUAUUACAUGCACUGAGCAGUAGCAUUAAGGUUUUAAAAAUCAUUUUCUGCUUUUACUAUUUUCAGAUGUGAUGAUAACUCACUUUUCAAAAAAAAAAAAAAAACCUCAAAUUUAACUUCUGAGUAGAAAACUGAAUUAAUGUGCAAUUAUCUCAUGGCAUUGUGACAAAUAGCACCAGGGCAAAAUUAUAUUACUUUAAUAUUUACCUAAUACUAUUAGCAGGUUCUUGUUUUAUAGAUAGAAAAUGAAUAUAGACACUGUCUACUGAGCUGAUUGUUGAUGCUUCUACCUUAGCAUCUUUCCUACUGAUUUAUGAUUCCUCUAUUCUCAAGUAUAUUUAAAUUUGUCUUUUUAAAUGCGUGUUAAUUGAGAUAAAAGGUUAUUCUGUAUUCCACAUAGAAUAGUUUUAAGAGGAGUUGUAAAGUCUGCUUAGUUGUCACGGCAAAGUAGUAUUUAAUGUGCUUAUGGGUGAGUGUGCGUGUGUGUGUAAUUCAAAUUUUUUUUUAAAUAAAAGUGCUUAGAAAUCAAAAGCAUCGGGUAAAGAUAUAAUAGUAUUUAAGUAUGUAUUCACUUUAUAAUCCAGAAAAUAAAAACACCACAUUUAUUCCAGAGAAGUUUGUAUUUGGGCCUUAAGCUUUUGAAAAUAAAGUUUAGAGACAUAG